GUUUACAUUUGUUCUAGUUUGUGCGUCCCAUUCUCAUACUGCAGUGAUUAAAAGGAUUAUUAUGUCGUCCAUAUUACGAAACGUCACCGAAUUUCCGUUUAAGUUUUGCGAGGUGACUUAAACCUACUGUUUACUCGGUAGCAACCUUUAGUUUGACUUGAACUGACCAGUUUUGAUCGACUCAAUGUCCUGAGAAUGAAAUGAAGGCAACGAACGCGAAUAUUUACAGGCAAACUACUACAGAAGCCUUUUGUUGCCUUUUGUGUGUGCAACUUCAACACACAGUAGAUCAUAUUUUUGAGAUUGUUUUAUUAUUGUGCACUCUGAAAAUGACGCUUGGAUCGCUCGAGCUCAGGUCUUAUGUGUGAAUUUAUAAUGCAUAAUAUACCGUGGCUAACACAACAAUCACCCGUUGGCUGUUACGAAAUGACUUCACUUAAACUUUUAGUUGGAGAAUGAGGAAAAUAAAAGCGGCUUGUUUUCAUGAUCAUUGCAUAAAAGCAAAACAUGCAGAGAAACUUCACAGAUUCAUAAAGAUCAAAAUUCACAACGUCAACCAGGUACUCGGAACGGAUUGUGUUCACUCUUAGUGUACUGCACAAUAAGAGAAUGCACUUUUUCCACUUCAGUCUGUGCUGACAGUCAGAAUGUUCUCGAGAGGUGUCCUGGCUGGUCCAAUGAUAUGUGUUCCGGGUUGCAAUGGCAAUCAUCAGGUGCUCUUCUCCUUAUUAGAAGCCAGCAUGCCACCAAAACGAUGUACGCCGUUUGGUUGUGUUUCCAGAGCCAUAUGCAAUGCUGCAGAAAACAUCCAUCCCGUGUUUUGUCGUCCCACGUGUCACGCCAGGUGAAUGUAGUGCGUGUGGAGAGCCGAGAUGCCGCUGGAGGUCAAGUGGCCGUUCCCGCAAUGCCCGACGUUGGCGUGGAGGCUCUCCGGCUCGCUCAUCAUGGGCAUGGUGGGCUCCUACUCCUACUUGUGGACCAAGCACAUGAACUGCCUGACGGUGCACAACCACGAGGUUCUGUUGGAGCUGAUCGACCAGCGGCCCGCUGACACGCCCCUUAUCACACUGUCCAAUCACCAGUCGUGUAUGGACGACCCGCACGUCUGGGGCAUCCUGAAGCUGAGGCAUUUGUGGAACUUUAACAAGAUGCGAUGGACUCCAGCAGCGUCGGACAUUUGCUUCACAAGAGAGUUGCACUCGCGAUUCUUCAGCCGAGGAAAAUGCGUGCCCGUCUGUAGAGGCGACGGUGUUUACCAGAAAGGCAUGGAUUUUAUUCUGGACAAGUUGAACAGAGGGGAGUGGGUGCAUAUUUUCCCUGAAGGUAAAAUCAACACAAGUGAAGAAUUCAUCAGGUUGAAAUGGGGUGUGGGACGCCUAAUAGCAGAGUGCACCCUCAACCCCGUCAUCCUGCCGCUGUGGCACGUGGCCGUCAUCUUUUGUGCCAGGCUUGAGCGAUGUCCUGCCCAAUGUGAGCCCCUACAUCCCUCGGAUUGGCAAGGUAGGAACAACGUCUCCGCGUUUUCCCGCAAUCUCCCGCCCCCGAGCAACGUCAGCUUCCGCAUAAGUGCUUUGCAUGCUCGCAGAGAAUCACCGUUCUCGUGGGGAAACCUUUCGGCCUCAAAGACCUCGUGGAAAAGCUCCGAGCGGACAACAAGAACCAGCUCGAGAUGAGAAAAACGCUGACGGACGUCAUCCAGGCGGACUUCCAGAGACUUCAAGUCCAAGCUGAGGCGCUCCACAAUUCCUGAGCGGGAGUCGUUUUUAUCAAAGGACCUCAGAACUGCUUUCAAAUGUGUUCAAACAUGCCGACGGAACAUCUUGUGACAUCAUCUACGUUUGGACACAUGAGCGUGAUUCUUUUUCCAUUUUAUGAUUGCAUUCUAUUACUUCUCACCUCAUCUUUCUGUGUAUGAUUAUUUUUUAGCACAGUCCGUAUUUGUUGUCCUGAAAAAAAAAAAGCAUUCUUGUUGGCUUUCUCCUUCCUUCCCGCUCAGUGUCAAUGCCAAUAAAGAUUUUAUAUUUGGA